UGCCAGGAAGUGGGUAGUCCUUUUCUGCAUACUCCAACAUGGCCCGAGGACCGAAGAAGCACCUGAAGCGUGUUGCGGCGCCCAAGCAUUGGAUGCUUGACAAGCUAACUGGAGUAUUUGCUCCUCGUCCAUCCACUGGGCCGCACAAGCUCAGGGAAUGCCUGCCUCUCAUAAUCUUCCUGAGGAACCGCCUGAAGUAUGCUCUGACAGGAGAUGAAGUCAAGAAGAUCUGCAUGCAGAGGUUCAUCAAGAUUGAUGGCAAGGUCCGCACAGACGUGACCUAUCCUGCUGGUUUCAUGGAUGUCAUCAGCAUUGAGAAGACUGGUGAACACUUCCGUCUGAUCUACGAUGUGAAGGGACGUUUCACCGUCCACCGCAUCACAAAUGAGGAGGCUAAGUACAAGUUGUGCAAAGUGAAGAAAAUCAUCAUUGGCACCAAGGGCAUCCCCCACCUGGUCACCCAUGAUGCUCGCACCAUCCGCUACCCUGACCCCAGUAUCAAGGUCAACGACACAGUCCGCAUUGACCUGGCAACCGGAAAAAUCACAGACUUCAUCAAGUUUGACACUAGUAACCUUUGCAUGGUCACUGGUGGUGCUAACUUGGGGCGUAUUGGAGUGAUCACCAACAGGGAGAGGCACCCUGGAUCUUUCGAUGUCGUUCACGUCAAGGACAGCAGUGGCACAAGCUUUGCCACCAGGCUCUCCAACAUCUUUGUGAUUGGCAAGGGCAUGAAGCCAUGGGUGUCCAUCCCCCGUGGAAAGGGUAUCCGCCUCACCAUUGCCGAGGAGAGAGACAAGAGACUGGCUGCCAAGCAGGGCAGCAGCUAAGUCCCCCCCCCCCUGGACUUUGCAGUUCUGAGCUUUCAAAUAAAAGACAAAUUGGUAUUUACAAAA